CGCACCCAACCACUAGGCUGCAGCGUGCAGCGUGUGGUGGUGCUCGGUGAAUGAGACAGCAACUCCUCUUGGAGAGAGCAGAGGAGCUCCGAGUUCUCCUGUUGAAUCCAGAGUGAGUCCAGCAGCCCCAGUGGACAUCUGCUGGAUUUCAGGACAAGAGAGGAAUGGAGGAGGACAACCAUAAACGGGAGCAACGGAGCAACAAGGUCCCCAGAAGACCAGCAGCAGACUGGGACUCUGAUACCAGCCAUGUUCAGGAGCCCUCAGCAGACGUCAAACUGGCGACCGGAGCAGGAAAGAAGGGCGAGAAGGCCGAAGAGGAGGAGCAACCUGCAGCACCUCCUGCAGCAGCAGUGAAGGAGGAGGAGGAAGAGGAGCAACCUGCAGCACCUCCUGCAGCAGCAGUGAAGGAGGAGGAGGAAGAGGAGGAGUAUGUUGUGGAGAAGGUUUUGGACCGCAGAGUGGUGAAGGGAAGAGUAGAGUUUCUGCUGAAAUGGAAGGGGUUCUCAGAUGAGGAUAACACAUGGGAGCCACAAGACAACCUGGACUGCCCCGACCUUAUCACCGAGUACAUGCAGAAACACAAGGAGAAGGAGGAGAAGAAGGACGGCAAGAGGAGAGUUGUCAGUGAGGCCUCGGGAGACUCAGAGGAGCGAGGGAGCAAGAGGAAGAAGGAGGAGGAGCCCUCAGCAGACGUCAAGCUGGCGACCGGAGCAGGAAAGAAGGACAAGAAGGCUGAGGAGGAGGAGCAGCCUGCAGCACCAGCAGCAGCCACCACCGCAGCAGCAGCAGUGAAGGAGGAGGAGGAGGAGGAGGAGGAGGAGGAGUAUGUGGUGGAGAAGGUGUUGGACCGCAGAGUGGUGAAGGGAAGCGUAGAGUUUCUGCUGAAAUGGAAAGGGUUCUCAGAUGAGGGUAACACACGGGAGCCACAAGACAACCUGGACUGCCCCGACCUUAUCACAGAGUACAUGCAGAAACACAAGGAGAAGGAGGAGAAGAAGGACGGCAAGAGGAGAGUUGUCAGUGAGGCCUUGGGAGACUCAGAGGAGCGAGGGAGCAAGAGGAAGAAGGAGGAGAAACGGAGAGGAGGAGAAGGACCCAAACGUCACCACUGUCAACACUGUGACAAAUCCUUCACAACAUCUGGAUAUUUAAAGAUUCAUCAGAGAGUUCACAGUGGAGAGAAGCCUUACAGCUGUGAUCUAUGUGGGGCAGCUUUCACACAACAGAGUCACCUGAAAGGACAUCAACGCAUUCACACUGAAGAAAAGCCUUACAGCUGUGAUCACUGUGGUAAAACCUUUUCUAGGAGUGGUAACCUUAAAUCUCACCAGCGUGUUCACACUGGAGAGAAGCCGUACUGGUGUGAACAAUGUGGGGAAACUUUUUCUGAGAGUGGGGCCCUUAAAAGACAUCAACGCAUUCACACUGGAGAGAAGCCGUACAGCUGUGGUCUAUGUGGUAAAACCUUUUCUGAGAGCGGUAGCCUUAAAUCUCACCAGCGUGUUCACACUGGAGUUAAGCCGUACUGGUGUGAACAAUGUGGGAAAAGUUUUACUCAUAGUAGUAACCUUAAAACACAUCAACGCAUUCACACUGGAGAGAAGCCGUACAGCUGUGAUCUAUGUAGUAAAAGUUUUUCGCAGAGCAGUCACCUUAAAUUUCACCGACUUGUUCACAGUGGAGAGAAGCCUUACAGCUGUGAUCUAUGUGGGGCAGCUUUCACACAACAGAGUCACCUGAAAGGACAUCAACGCAUUCACACUGAAGAAAAGCCUUACAGCUGUGAUCACUGUGGCAAAACCUUUUCUAGGAGUGGUAACCUUAAAUCUCACCAGCGUGUUCACACUGGAGAGAAGCCGUACUGGUGUGAACAAUGUGGGGAAACUUUUUCUGAGAGUGGGGCCCUUAAAAGACAUCAACGCAUUCACACUGGAGAGAAGCCGUACAUCUGUGGUCUAUGUGAAUCCAGAGUGAGUCCAGCAGCCCCAGUGGACAUCUGCUGGAUUUCAGGACAAGAGAGGAAUGGAGGAGGACAACCAGAACCAGGAGCAGCGGAGCAACAAGGUCCCCAGAAGACCAGCAGCAGACUGGGACUCUGAUACCAGCCAUGUUCAGAAUCCAGAGUGAGUCCAGCAGCCCCAGUGGACAUCUGCUGGAUUUCAGGACAAGAGAGGAAUGGAGGAGGACAACCAGAACCAGGAGCAGCGGA